AUGCCAGCUGCUGUUGAAGCUAAUGCUAAGCGCACACUGCUUCUGUCCGAGUCCGCUCGGACUUUGGAUAAGCUCAACAGGCAGCACAGUGUCGGUGGAAUCAACUCCCUCCCAGUCUAUAUUGUCGAGGGCAAAGGCUCCCGCCUGAUUGAUUCCGAUGGUAAUGAACUGAUUGAUUUUAUCUGCGGCUUUAGUGCCUCCAACCUGGGCCAGCAGCACCCACGAAUUCUUGAGACGCAGAUCAACACGGUGAAUAAAAUCACGCUGGCCAACAUCGCCGGCCAAUCCCAUCUUUGGCCAAUCGUGGCUAAAGAACUCUGCGAAAAGUUCAAAUACGACAAGGUAGUGUCCAUGACUACAGGUUCGGAGGCCACCGACACAGCCUGCAAGCUGGCCCGCGGAUGGGGUGUCAGCGUCAAGAAGAUCGAUCCCCGGGAGGUCCUUGUCCUGGGCACAUCGGAAAACUACCAUGGCACGCUGUCGGGAGUGUGGCCCCUGAUGGAACCUGAGGCUGGCUGGGAAGAGUACGCCACCUUUAGCAAGAAUAUGACAAAUAUCAAUCCCUCAAACGGAAAAGUCCUCCGUUAUCUGCAUCCCGAGGACUAUGCCGAGAUCUUUGAGCAAAUGCAUGAACGUAUUGCCGCAGUCAUCAUGGAGCCACUUCAUGGCCUUGCGAGAUCAAUGGAUGAGGAGAUCAACUUCUGUAUCGAAGUGCGCCAACUGUGCAAGAAAUACAAUGUUCUAUUUAUCGCAGAUGAAGUCCGUAUGGGAUCUUGCAAGACUGGCAAGUUUCUGAGCUCUGACUGGAUGGGGCCGGAAAAUAAGCCAGACAUGAUCACAAUUGGCAAAUCAAUCGCCGGGGGAGCCUAUCCGUCCUCGUUUGUCCUUGGCCCGAACGAAGUCAUGAACAAGAUGAAACCAUAUCACUCUGUUAGCACCUUCUCCAUGUCGGUCAUGGCAUGUGCUGCUGUCAGGACAGCUCUUCGCGUGUAUGAGGAGGAGAGAUUGGCCGACCGCGCUCGAGCCAUUCACGAGAAAUGGGUCAAAGAGACUUCAACCUGGAAUUUCCCUUGGCUGCGAUAUGCGCCUGCUUUCGGUGCCGAUAUCAAUCUUCUCUUGGAUCCAGAAUAUGAAAAGCGCCCCGAGAAUAUUUCGCCUCGUCGCUUCUCUAUUUUGUGUGCGAGCAAGGGAUUGCUUGUGUUCCCUGGACCGAAUGGCCGAGUCCGGCUGGGUGUCGCCUUGACAAUCAGUGACGAGGAUUUACUCAAGGGAUUCCAGAUUCUCAAGGAAGCUCUAGAGGAGCUACCUCUGUACGGCGAAAUUGAAGGUUCUGAGGAAACACAGGGUGCUUUCUAA